UCAGCUACCCUCAAAAAAGGAAACGGACCUUUAGCCAAGGCAAUCUCAUCUUGCUUCAUGAUAUUUCCUUCAGAAAUUUUUGAUGAAAGAGCAGAGGCAAUGGGGGAUAUAUAAGGUGGAUCCAGCCCUUCCAUACGUAGCCACCUCAUUCCCAUAGUUUCCCUCUUCAAACAAUGGAGAGGAGUACAUUCUCCCCCAAACACCUUCCAUCCUAUUAGAACCAGCCAUGUCACAAGGUGGAUCAGAUUCCCCCAACAAAUCAGUAGUACCCUUCUUAGGAAAAACGUCCAUAGAGGAAACUCCCAAAAAAAUGGGAGCCUUUUCCACCAACUUGAGUGCACAAUCCCCUUUGGCCGAGAGAGUCUCUUUCCGUAAAAUUUCUCCCACAAUUUCUCCAUUCAACUCUCCUUCCAAUAACGUCUCCUCAUUCAAAAUCAAUGGAGAGUUUACCAUUGACCGAAGUCUACCUUCAACAAAUUGGAGUCGUGCAUAGAGAUUGCGAGAUUGUCUGAGGAGUUGGAAGCUCUACAGAAUGCCCCUGCUAGAGAAAGCCUCGCUGAAGAGGAAGCUAACAUUCGCAAGCAGUUGGAAGAUCAGCUGAUCCAAGAAGAGAGGUUUUGGGCUCAACGUUCGCGUAUCCAGUGGCAAAAGGAUGGUGACAGGAACACCACUUUUUUUCACUCCACUACUGCUAGGCGUUGGCACUUUAAUCGCAUCACUCGUCUCCAUGAUGAAUCUGGAUCUUGGAUCACAGACAUGGAAGAGGUUUCUGCUAUUCUCCAAAUCCCGCUGUCUGUUUCUCCAAGGAAGGACAAUUGGCUUUGGUCGCCUGCUAGAUCUGAUUUGGAAGUCCAGGAAUAGAGCUUUGUUCAACUGCAUCGAGGCUGACCCAAGGAGUACCAUUUUAGCGUUUUAUAUUGCUGUGGAGGAGGGCCGACUUUGGCUCACUCAACAAUCGGGUUCAGGUUCUGGUGGUUCUCCUGAGAACGCUGUUUAUACAUGCUCCCCUCCUCUUGGUCAUUUCAUUCUUCACUCUAAUGGAGCUUGGAACAAGAACUGUAAAUCUGGUAGUAGAAGUGCAAUUAUUCAAAAUUCCUUGGGAGUUUUUGUUGGUGCUACUUGCAGUUGCAGCAAGGGGAUCUCUGCAGCAGUUUUAGAAGCAGAGGCUAUGCCUGAUGGGCUUCUAAUAGCUCAGUUUCUUGGGCUAAUGUCCCUUUUAUGUUUUUCAGAUUGUUUAGCUAUUGUUAAUGCCAAUAAUGGUGGCAGUAGUGGGAUUGAUUGGGCAACAAGAGUUGUUGUUGAUGAUAUCAUUUCCUUAAUUCCUACCUUUUCUUUUUGCAGAUUUUCUUUUGUUCCUAGAUCUUCUAAUAGAGAAGCACAUGUUUUAGCUAAAGGAGGUUCCAUGUAUGGUCUUUGUAGGUCUUGGUGGGGUUCUCCCCCUCUUGCUCUUGUAAAUUUGAAUUCUGGGUAGAGGAUCCUCUCCUUUGAC